AUGAAGUCUCUAGCAGCUUUCGCCUUCAUCGCAGUGAACGGAGCGCGCGGGGGUGCACUGCCGGACUGUACCAACGCGCCGUUCAGUUCAAAUAAGAUAUGCGACACCAAUGCGACUCCUCGCGAUCGAGCUGCUGCGCUCGUGGAGGCGAUGCAGACAAACGAAAAACUGGCCAACAUUGUCAGCACUCGUCACUGUAUGCCUACUGAGGUUACGUCUGUUGUUAGCAAGUCGCCGGGGGUUUCUCGUAUUGGGCUGCCGUCGUACAAUUGGUGGAGUGAGGCGCUCCAUGGAGUGGCGUCCGCUCCGGGCGUGUCGUUUGCCGCGCCGUUUAACGUCUCUACUUCGUUCCCAAUGCCCAUUCUGAUGUCGGCCGCCUUCGACGAUGACCUGAUAGAAAGCGUCGGCACAAUUAUUGGGACAGAAGCGAGAGCAUUCGGCAACAACGAUCGGUCGGGGAUGGAUUAUUGGACACCCGACGUGAAUCCCUUCCGCGACCCGCGUUGGGGACGUGGCUCUGAGACGCCGGGUGAAGACACGCUGCGCAUCAAAGGCUAUACAAAGCACCUGCUGCGAGGCCUCGAGGGGACCAAGCCACAGCGGCGCAUCAUUGCCACCUGCAAGCACUUUGCCGGCUACGACUUGGAGUCUUGGGGCGGCGUGACCCGGCACAGCUUCAACGCAAAGAUUACUGCGCAAGACCUAGCCGAGUACUACAUGCAGCCCUUCCAGCAGUGUGCCCGUGACUCCAAUGUCGGAUCAAUUAUGUGCUCGUACAACAGCAUCAAUGGUGUGCCUGCAUGUGCUAACAGUUAUCUCCUCGAAACAAUACUCCGGGACCACUGGAAUUGGACACAGAGCAAUAACUACAUCACGAGCGAUUGCGAGGCCGUGGCCGACGUCUCUUCCGCUCACCACUACUCUAAGAGCAAUGCAGCCGGGACAGCCGCAUGCUUUAACAACGGCAUGGACAACAGUUGUGAAUAUUCGGGUUCGUCAGACAUUCCCGGGGCUUACAGCAGCAAGGCACUGAACGAGAGCACUGUCGACAAAGCCCUGGUUCGCCUCUACGAGGGACUUGUAAGGGUGGGCUACUUUGAUGGGGCCGCUGCCGAUUACGCCUCCCUGGGAUUGGCUGAUGUCAAUACGGCGGAGGCCCAAAAGCUGGCUCUCCAAUCAGCCACCGACGGCAUCGUUAUGUUGAAGAAUGAUGGAACUCUUCCACUCCCUCUUCAGGAGGGUUCCAAAUUAGCCAUGAUCGGGUUCUGGGCAGACCAGGGAAGCAAGCUACAGGGAAUUUACAGCGGCAAGGCACCAUAUCUUCGCACGCCUGCUUCUGCCGCCAGGAGCGCGAGAUACAACAUCACCGUAGCUACGGGGCCCAUCCUAGAGUCGAGCACGGCUAGAGACACGUGGACUACCAACGCUCUUGCUGCGGCCAAUGCCUCGGACUAUAUUCUUUACUUUGGCGGGCUCGACACGUCGGCGGCCGCUGAAGGUUCGGACCGUACCUCGAUCGCCUGGCCGACAGCGCAAGUCGAGCUGAUCAAGAAGCUGGCGACCGUCGGCAAACCCCUAGUAGUGAUUCAGCUCGGUGACCAGGUCGACAACACCCCGCUCCUAGGACUGCAGGGACUCAACUCAAUUCUCUGGGCGAGCUGGCCGGGGCAGGACGGCGGCCCAGCCGUCAUGUCCAUCAUCAGCGGCGCCAAGGCGCCGGCAGGUCGCCUUCCUGUUACGCAGUACCCGGCCACCUACACCACACUCCCCAUGACAGACAUGAACCUGCGCCCGGUCGGUACAAACCCGGGCCGCACGUAUAGGUGGUACCCGACGCCUGUGCAGGCCUUCGGUACAGGCCUGCAUUACACGACCUUCCAGGCGGCCUUUGCGAAUCUAACAGCAAGUUUGUCGAUCUCAGACCUCCUGAACACCUGCGAUAAAGAUAAUAAGUAUCCAGACACGUGUGCGCUGCCACCACUGGGGGUGGCCGUGACCAACGCCGGCAACCAUACAUCGGAUUACGUCGUGCUCGUUUUUGUCGCUAGCACGGCAGGGCCUAAGCCAUACCCGAUCAAGACGCUCGUGGCUUACCAAAGGCUUCGCGACAUCAACGCAGGGCAGAAGGCCAGCGCCAACUUGUUGUGGACGCUGGGAAGCCUGGCCCGGCAUGACGAGCAGGGGAAUACAGUUUUGUAUCCUGGCACAUACACUCUAAUACUAGACCAGCCGGGUCUGGCGAACGCGACGUUAACUCUUACAGGGAAUGCUACAGUUUUGGACAAGUGGCCGGCUGCACCUAGUGUGAACUGA